AUGUCUCGUGGGUGCACGAGCGAUGCAGCAGCAGCAGCAGCAGCAGCAGCAGCAGCAGCAGCAGCAGCACGGCCGUCUAGCCCCGUUGAUAUGACAUCAGAUAUCCCGUGCGACGCGAGCAGCACCAGCAGCAGCAGCACCAACAGCAGCAGCAGCAACAGCAGCAGCAGCAGCAGCAGCAGCAGGGGGGGCUCAGCUGCUUCAGUUUCCUUGAGCCCCUCAGAAGGGCCCCGGCGUGUCUCCGAUGGAGACAGCUGGGCCUUGUCUGGGGCAGCAGCAGCAGACAGCAGCAGCAGCAGCAGCAGCAGCAGCAGCAGCAGCAGCAGCAGCAGCAGCAAGGGGAGCAGGAGAGCUGAGCGCCGGGGGGCCCCCCCUGAUACCUCUGAGGGGCCCCCCUUUGUCUCUAGAGCAGCAGCAAAGGGACAGAUGGAGACAGCAGCACACAGCAGCAGCAGCAGCGGAGACAGACAACGAAAAACAAACUGCAGCAGCAGCAGCAGCAGCAGCAACAGCAGCAGCAGCAGCAGCAGCAGCAGCGAGGGGUCCCGCGCCUCCAUAGACCAGCAGCCAACUCCUCGCAACCUCCGCAGUGAAGCCCCACGCACGACCCGCUCUGCUGCUGCUGCUGCUGCUGCUGCUGCUGCUGCUGCUGAAAGCCCUGCAGCACUAGCAGCAGCAGCAGCAGCAGCAGCAGAUGCAGAAGCAGCAGCAGCAGCAGCAGCAGCAACAGAUGGAGAGGAGUCCACAGACACAUCAGCCUCGGGGCCCCCCCCGCAUGCACUGCAGCGGCGAACGCGCAGCUCAGUAAGAACUCCUGCUGCUGUUGCUGCUGCUGCUGCUGCUGCUGCUGCUGAUUGGGGCGGUGGGGUGCAGGAGUACUGCAUAGAGCGGCGCAGCAGCAGGAGGGAAACUAUGAAUUCGAGGUGCGCAGCAGCAGCAGAGGAUGCAGACUUCGGGGCCCCCCCCGCAUGCACUGCAGCGGCGAACGCGCAGCUCUUACAGCAUAGAGCGGCGCAGCAGCAGGAGGGAAACUAUGAAUUCGAGGUGCGCAGCAGCAGCAGCAGAGGAUGCAGACGGAAGAGACAGUUCCAGCCGGGCUGUUCAUUUGUCUUCUGCUGCUGNGCAGCAGCAGAGGAUGCAGACGGAAGAGACAGUUCCAGCCGGGCUGUUCAUUUGUCUUCUGCUGCUGACUUUGCUGCUGCAGCAUUUGAUUCGACUGCAGCAGCUGCUGCUCUUGCUGCUGCUGCAAUGCCUGCUGCUGCUGCUGCUGCUGCUGCUGCUGGCCCUUCCUUAGUCAACGGGCAGCAGCAGCAGUUUCCGGUGGCAGCGGAGGGGUUUGUGCUGCAGCAGCAGCGGGAGGCUUUGCUGCUGCAGCAGCAGCAACUCCUGCUGCAGCAGCAGCAGCAUGAAGCAGCAAACGCACUUGGCGACAGCAGCAGCAGCAGCAGCAGCAGCAGCAGCAAAGGAUCAGGGAGAAGCCCGAAAGAGGCAGGUGGAGGGGCGUUGAAUGGCAGUAUAGAUAUGUGGUUGGCGCUGCAGCAGCAGCAGCAGCAGCAGCAACAGCAGCAGCAGCAGCAGCAGCUACUGAUGUCAUUCCAGCAGAGCAGCAGCAGCAGCAAAGGAUCAGGGAGAAGCCCGAAAGAGGCAGGUGGAGGGGCGUUGAAUGGCAGCAUAGAUAUGUGGUUGGCGCUGCAGCAGCAGCAGCAGCAGCAGCAGCAACAGCAGCAGCAGCAGCAGCUGCUGAUGUCAUUCCAGCAGCAGCAGCAGCAGCAGCAGCAGCAGCAGUCCUGUGUCUCUUCUCCUCGAGGCAGCAGCAGCAACAGCUGCAGCAGCUCUACGUUUCACGCAGCAGCAAGAAGGCGUGCUGUUACUCUGGGGCCGAGCUCUCCUGCUGCAGCAGGCGGCAGCUAUGCUUCUGCUGCUGCUGCAGCAGCAAGUGCAGCAGCAGAAGAAGCAAGAGAAACGCAGCAGCUCGUGCAGGGGGUCCGGCUGCUUGCUGCUCUUAAUCAAACUGAGGCAGCAGCAGACCCCUCCCAACCACCUGACCAGCAGCAGCAGCAGCAGCAGCAGCAGCAAGAGGAGGCUGGGGAACAGCAGCAGCAGCAGCAGCAGCAGCAGCAGCUUCCUCCCGAAAGAGCCCGCCUCCUCGCCUCCUGCAGCGAUGUCGUGGCGCCUCGUGAUUGGCGAAGGUUGCUGCUAGUAGACCAGCAGCAGCAGCAGCAGCAGCAGCAGCAUGAGCAGCAGCAGCAGCAGCAGCAGCAGCAGGGAGAGGCGCUGGUGGCUUCGCCUCCAAACGGCGUCGAGGAAGACGAGGCAAAGGGGGGCGGUGCAGCAGCAGCGCCGACAGCAGCACCAGCAGCAGCAACUGCAGCAGCAGCAACUGCAGCAGCAGCAGCAGCAACAGCAGCAGCAGCAGCAGCAGCAGAGGGUCUUUCUGGGUUUGCUGCUAAGCCCUCGCUGCUGUCGCUGCGCACACAAAUCAGCUGGCGGGGGAGGCUCCUCAGGCGGGCCUGUCUCUUCCCUGCAUAG